CCGUCCAUCCCGGCUCUGUUUCUCUGGCCGGCCCAGACAUUUCUGCCCCGUUAGCCUGGUUGCCGGCUCCGCCUCCCCAGGCCCGCUUUGCGGGGCAGACCAGGAGCCUGGGUCGCAGGGGCUCGACUUCCCUGGGCCCUGUGGCUGACAGAGUGUCACCUUGGGUCUUGGCCAUGAACGCCUCUAGAGGAAGGAGGCAGGAAGCAGCAGGGCCCAAGGGUAGAAGGGCUCACAGACCCCGGGAACAGGACCGGGAUGUACAACUGUCCAAGGCUCUGUCCUAUGCCCUGCGCCACGGGGCCCUGAAGCUGGGGCUUCCCAUGGGGCCCGAUGGUUUUGUGCCCCUGGACACCCUCCUGCAGCUGCCCCAGUUCUGCAGCUUCUCAGUUGAAGAUGUGCAGCGUGUGGUGGACACCAAUGGGAAGCAGCGGUUCGCCCUGCAGCCAGGGGACCCCGGCACCGGCCCUCUCAUCCGGGCCAAUCAGGGUCACUCCCUGAAGGUACCUGAGUUGGAGCUGAUUCCCCUGGAGACCCCACAGGCCCUGCCCCUGGUGCUCGUCCACGGCACAUUCUGGCAGCACUGGCCAUCCAUCCUGCUCAAGGGCCUAUCCUGCCGGGGGAGGACGCACAUCCACCUGGCCGCGGGACUGCUUGGGGACCCUGGUGUCAUCAGUGGCAUGCGGCCAGAUUGCGAAGUGGCUGUGUUCAUCAACGGGCCCCUGGCCCUGGCAGAUGGAAUCCCCUUCUUCCGCUCUGCUAAUGGGGUGAUCCUGACUCCAGGGAACGCUGAUGGCGUCCUGCCUCCCAAGUAUUUCAAGGAGGCCCUGCAGCUACGCCCCACCCGAAAGCCCCUCUCCUUGGCUGGUAAUGAAGAAACAGAGUGUCAGAGUGACCCCAAGCACAGCUCCAGAGGAAGAAGGAUGACCCAACAAUAAAAUAUUUUUUUUAAUGUAAAAAGAUAACAAAAGAGAAA